CACAACUUGUUACAUAUAGUUACAGGGAAAACUGAAUAUUCGUUAAAGUUUAUUUUAAAUUUGUAGCGAUGGCAGUCUAACUGUGAUUCUACUGCUUUCGGUGAACAUAGUUCCUGAAAAACUGUGACUUCAAUAUUUCGUGACAUGUAGCAGUUGCUUAUAAAAAACACAUCUCUACUGCAGCUAGCGGACGCAACAAUAUCAGAUAAUUUCGUGAACAGCCAGCCCUGGCACUGGACAAAACCUUUUUUAUUUUAACCAAUUGUUUAUGUUGUGUUGAAAUUAUGAUGGAGUAGCUGUGCAAAACUGGCUAGUGCUUCUUUCAAUUAGUAUGGCCUAUAUAAAUAUAGCAGAAUGGACGCCCGACCAAGUUACAGACUGGAUCCGAGGUCUCGACGAAUCCAUGGAAGCGUAUUUAUACGAAUUUUCAAAACACGAAAUCAGCGGACGAGCACUGCUUAAUAUACGGCCAUAUGAAUUGGAAAAUUUGGGUAUGAAGGCCAUCGGCCGUCAGGAAAUUGUCCUUGAAGCCGUUGAGAAUCUGCGUAACUUUCAUUAUCACCUGAAGAAUGAUAAUCUACAGUUUAUGGCAUUGCAUGUGGGCACUGCCGCUCGCAAUUUGCAUCGUGAAUUGGCCAAGAAUCAUGCGGACAGCACAGAUAUUGACACUCGCACAUUACAUGAUAUAACCCGCACGAUUGCGACGUUGAAGCCGCUGAUUGGGAAUUUGGAGCGAUCGCCGUUUCGCAAUCAGGACAUGUAUCGGGAGUAUUGUGGAAAUGUGUUGCGCUGUGGCUUGGAGUUGGCCACGAUAGCACACAGGGAUCGCUUUGCAGAGCGUCCAGUUGCUCAGAUCAAAGCAACAGCAGAGCGUUUGGAGCGUCUGGCUAAUUUCAUAAUACAAGAUAUUUCGGAUCCGAUGGUUCUGCAGCCAGCAUCUCUCAAUCUUGUGACACUAAAAAAGCGUGAAUCAGAUCUGGGCUUUAACAUCGAAUCGAGCUAUAAUGGCAUUCAUCGCGUUACUGAUAUCAAAUACAAUUCACCUGCCCAUAAUUCGGGUAAGAUCGAGGAUGGCGAUGAGAUCGUCCAAAUUAACUACCAGACAGUCGUCGGCUGGCAGCACAAGACUGUGCUUCAUCAUCUGUGCGAAGCUCUGCCAGAUGUUGUGCUCACCGUGAAGAAACGACCGAAGCAUACCAAGAUGUAUGGCCAGAUUUAUAUGCAGCCCUAUCGGCUGCCAAGCAAGAAACGCAACAUGGCCAGUCGAUGGGCGGACAAUUUGCCCAGUCCGAGUCCACGGGCCGCCUUCCUAACGCUGGAAUCGACGCACAAAACGCCGCGAGCCGAUGACGGCAAGGGCGUCAAAGUGAAGGAACUUGUGAAGGAGCAGGUGCAGGCGCAAGCUGCUUCAGAUUCGGAUUCCAGUUGCAGUGAUAUACCCACGCCCACUGAUCCAAAGUCUGCCAGUCGCGAGAUGCGCUUGUACUAUCCUAAGCCUAGGGCACUGCUGCAGCGGCGUAACACAAUUUGUGGUGAUGAAUUCCUUAGCUUGAAGCAUCCACAUUUGGUGAUACCCUCUUGGCAUGAGCGUAAGCCCGGUAGCGGCGGUGGCGCAGGUGCUAUUUGUGAUCCUGGCUCGCCCAGCAUUCGAGACAAGUCUAUCUCGUUUGGUUAUGGCCUCGAGAUAGCUCCCCGACCCACAACCUGUAUAGGUCUGGCAGCCAGUGAGAGUGCGGACACAGACAAGCGGCUGUUCAACGAGGCGCGCAAAUUAAAGCAGCUGACCGAGGCGGGCCUGGCGUCCCAGCAGCAGCUGCAAAUGUUGGAUCGCUAUAAGCCCGGCGUUAGCAAAGUAGUGCGCUUCGAUGCUAACAUGAAAGUGGAGGAUUAUGUGGUGAAGAACGAGAAAUUUACGUGCAAUGUGGAAAAUACCAUACUGGAGACCUUUGAGCCAAUACCAUUCGCCGAUGAAGGUGACGAGGAUGCGCUAGAAACGCUGCGCAGCUGUGCCAACGAAUCCAGCGCCGAGCUAAUCCAAGCCAUGGAACUGGCUACACGCGAAACGCCGCCGCUGGCGGAGGCCAUCAACACGCCACUCAUCCAACAGCAGCAGCAGCAACAGAAUCGCCGCGGGCGACUAGACAAAAGUCACAGCACGCCAGCCUAUGAUAAUUCGGGCGAGGAGGAGUCAGAUACGCCACCGCCAGCCAUUGAGCCGCGCAAAGAAUUUCUGCUAGUGACGCCGCCAGCACCACCGCCGCGUCCGCGCAAACAACGCGAGCUAACACCACCCGUUGUGCCACCACCGCCGCCCAAGCCAGCUAGCAUGCAGCAAGCAACCACUGCAGCGGCUGCAGCAAUAGCAGCAGCAACAAUAGCAACCACAAUAACCACAGCUAGAGAACAGGAGAUCAGUGAGUUGUUGACACCUAGCAAGACGCGUACGUUGACGUUGAAGAAGAAGCACAGCCUUAUGGCUAAACGGCGCAAUACGAACCUCAAGCUUCUGGGCACUGGGGACAUUCAGGGGCAUCUGUACAGGCGUACGAAAAACUUGCGUGGAGUCACCUACUGGGCACGCAUCUACUUUGUCAUGCUGGAUACCAUUUUGUAUGGGUUUCGCAGCAAGCAAAGCUCAAGCGCCAGCUUAGUUAUUUUCCUGCCUGGCUUUACUGUGUCGCUGGCCAAGGAGGUGCACUCGAAGCCGCAUGCCUUCAAGGUGUAUCACACGGCCAAGAGUUUUUACUUUGCCGCCGAAUCACUGGACGCGCUUAAUCAAUGGGUGGAGUUUCUAAGACUUGCCUCGCUCAAGCUGCCAGCGGUUAGCAACGAGACGUGCAGCAGCAAGGAUCUAUACUCGGAAAACGAAAGCUCUGGGGAGGAGGAAAGUGAUGCGCUUAUAAGCACAAACCUUUGCACACCAUCACCGCAGGCAGCCAAAGAUGUGGUUGCCACACUGGCAGCUGGUGGCAGUGCUACGCCCACCAGCAGUCUGAGCAGCAACAAUAGCAUGAAGCACGACCGUGGCUACUUUGACUCGUUGCGCAAAUUCACAAUGGGCACGUUCAAGAGCAACGCCGCCAAGAACAACUCGAGUGAUAUACCCGUGCCAACAGCGAACUUUCAAACGUUUCGCAAGGUGCCCGGUGGCAGUUGUGGUAUUCAGAUAGGCGCCAAUACGCCGGGAUAUCAUGAUCCGGCGCAGCCGCCCACGCCAACAGCCAAACCGGAGCAGCCGCCAACUGCAUCGUUGCCGCGCAAACUGUCACGCAGCUCCAGCCGCAGCUCUGUGGUGAGCGCUGCUUCGACGAGUCUUGGUCCGCCAAAUUCGCCGGCGCCCACGAUCAACUCGCUACAGCAGCAGCAGAGCUACGAUGAAAGCAACAGCCCCAGUCCCAGUCAGAGCCAGAGUCCCAGCCAGAGUCAGAGUCCCAGUAGUAAGUCGAGUCUGAAGAAGGUGCCGUACCAUUAUCUGCACGCAUCAAAUCCGAAUUUGGAAGUCUUUGAGUAUCAUCACUCACAUACGAAAACAUUUAUGACGAAAAAGGUAGGCGGAGAUGGCACCUUGGAUCCGCAUCACCAGACGAACAAUAUACAGGGAUAUAUGACGCUGAAAGAUUUGAUGCUGCGCAAGCAGCUGGAGGAGUCACAGGAAAUGUACAAUAAUCGUGUGCAUCUCGGCGUCGAGAAGCACAACAGACACUUGCGUACCGACUCCAAUGCCAGCCAGCAAACAGCAACGGGAGUGGCUGCUGCGCCAGCAACGGCUCCGAAGCAAGUCGUCAAUGGCAGUGGCGAGAAGCCGGCAAAGAUACAAAGCUUGAGUCUGCCCAAGACGCCGGACUAUGAGUUCAGCUUUAAACCGGAAGACGAGAGUAUUAAGCGCACGCGCACCAAGGAGGGCCAAAAGCUACGUGACUUUGGCUACGAGCUCAUCUUUGGUGAUGAGCCGGCAACCAGCAGUAGCAGCAACAACAACAAUAGCGCCAGUGUCUCCAGACAGACGAGUUGCAAUGAGCACGAGAAACAGCUGUUACUACAGCAACAACAGGAGAAACAGCAGCAGCAGCAGCCACAAAGCACACGGUCCAAGUACUUUCUACGCUCGCAGCAGCUGUCUAGCUUUCUGCAUAAAAGCAACAAGAAACAGCAGCAGCACGAUCACGGCGAGGUGGGCUCCCAGUCGAGUAAUAGUGCCAGCAGCAGCAAGAAGAGCAAAAAUAAAUCCAGCAGCAGCAGCAGCAGCGACAGACGUUUUCCAUUCCCGUCGGUGACCAUGACGCUGCCACUGAACAAGAAGUGCAAGUCCAAUCAUGCGAUCGAUGGCGGCAACAUUAGCGGUAGCGGCGGCGCCAGUAACACCAGCAGCAGCAGCAACAUUAAAAAAAGCCAAACGUACAAUCAGGAUCUGCGGGACAAGGUGGCGGGCACCAAAUAUGAUGCGCAUCGCAAGAAUUCGGCGCCCAUACCCAUCUUCUCCAAGCUGUCCAUAUCAUCAACAUCCGGCUCCAGUGCGACGCCCACACGACCUUCAAAGGAGAAUCGCUUUCUUGGCUCGCCGAUGCUGCAUCGCACACUCUUUAGUCACCAUCAACAGCAGCAGCAACAUCAACAGCUACAGCAGCAGCUGCAUCAGCAGACGCCCAGCAGCGCGGAUUUGGAUGCGGACUGCGAUCAAGAGAUAUUCUCCCAAGUCAUAUUUCCAAUGCAAAGUAGUCAGCGUAGUCGUUUUACAGCUGCAUCUAAUACGAAUUUGUGUGCGUCUGAAUCGUUGUUGCCGCCUUUGCCACCAGCUCCGCCGCCGCCAAUAUCAUCAGCAACAGCAGCAGCCACUGCUUCUGCCACUAAUUCUGCUGCACCUUCGGUUGCUACUGCAGCUACGGCUGCUGCUGUAAAAGAAGAUAUAGCCCUGGAGCAGCCAACAACACCAAAAGUAUCCAGCACCAACUCGGUAGAUUCGAAGGCCGCCACGCCGGACUAUCCAAAUAUGGAGUGUCCGCCAGUCUUUGAGCCGGAAAUCUAUUCGCUCAGCGAACCCAACACGAGCCUCUCUCGGCUUAUGCUGCGCAACAACAGCAGCAGCAAUACAAACACCAACACCAACAGCAACAAUACAAACACCAAUAGCCCCAGUAGUGGGGAACAUCAAACUUAGGUGUGAUGUAAACAAUUGUGAAUGCUCUAUAUAUACAUAUAUACAUUUACAUACUAUAUACUCGUAUAGAUAAGUAUAUAUAAUUUUGUUCUUUUUGGUAUUUGUCGAUUGAUUAUUCAUAUCCUUUUGUACUCACAUGCCCCAUUAGCCUGAUCGAUACAUAUAUAUAUAUUUAGAUUUAUGCAUACGAGCCUUAUUUGCAU